ACCAAGAGUGUACUAGUACACCAUUUUUCUCUCCCCAUCUCAUUUCUCUCUAGUUCUUCACCCUGCAAUGGCAUAGUUAGAUUUAAACAACCAGAUCAACUGGGAAGAUGUCCAAGAAGACUAUAGCGGUCUUGCCAAAGAGCUAGACUACGAUCUGGAGCUGAUCGUCUCGGAUGAAGAGGACGAACCUCACGAGCAUGUGUAUGCUGAAGCUGAGCCUGGCCAUGGAUGCGAAGGCGCCGGCCGUGGACGUGGAGGCGCCGGCUACGGAGACGCCGGUUGUGGACACUUAGGCGCCGGCCGCGGAGACGUUGACCGUGGAUGUGGAGACGCCGGCUGUGGACGCGUAGGCACUGGUCGCGGAGACGCCGGCCGUGGACGCGGAGACACCAGCCGUGGAUGCGGACAUGGCCGGCGCGGACGCGGACGAAUGAGGUUGGGACUCACUGGAAGAUCACCAACCGUUAGGUGGCAGGCUAGCCAACUUCCACUCGGUGAUGCCGGCCUUGGCCAACCUUCCGUUCAUGUCGAUAAUGGCAUUGACUUGAACAUGGAAUCCGGCGGCGGCGGCGGCGACGACAGACAUGGCAUGCUUGGCAUUGACUUGAAUGUUGAUCUUGAUGGAGUCGACGCCGGAGUUGAUGCUGAAAAUGUUGAAGGAAACGACACGGAACAUCCAGCUCCAGCUGGUAUGCAUGCUUGUACUGGUUCAUGCAUACAUGUGUGCUAUGCACUGUGGAUCAUGCAUGCUUGCACUGAUCGCAUACAUGCGUACUGCUUCAUGGAUUCUAGAUCAUGCAUGCUUGUAUUGGUUCAUGCAUACAUGUGUGCUGGUUCAUGGAUACUGGUUCAUGAAUGCUUAUAGUGGUCAUGUAUACUGGGUCAUGCAUGCUUGUACUGCUUCAUGCAUAGUGUACUGGUUCCUGCAUGAUUGUUGAUAUAGUUAGCAAUGUAAUAAAUCCAUGACGCCACUUAUUUGCCAAUGAAGGCAAGAAAAAGAGAAGGCAGUACAAAGAUGAAGAAAAGCAAAAUCUAUUUGCCAUGAUCCUCGAGAGGUCUUCUUUGGGUAAAUUGAAUCAUGGAAUUACUAAAGCUAUCGCUGAAGAAACAAACAUUCCAUUGUGAACUAUACAACUGAGAUGGCUGGAGGGAAAGAAGGCUGGUGGAUUGCAGGGAACCUUGAGCAAGAGGACCAAGAAUUGUGGCCGCAAGAGGAUUGCUUUCAAAGAAGAUGCCAUAAAGGAUAUUGAUCUAAGAAAAAGAACAAGUCUCUAAGAUCUUGCUAAUGAGUUGAACAUGGCAAAGACUACCUUAUUCAGGCGUUUGAAGGAGGGCAGACUCAGGCGGCAUUCUAAUGCCAUCAAAUCAACAUUGACAGAUGAAAACAAUAGGGCUAGGGUUAAGUUUUGUUUGUCCAUGUUUCAGCCACUAAGCAUCCCACAACAGCCAACAUUUGAUGGAAUGCACAACGUCAUCCACAUAGAUGAGAAGUGGUUCUAUCGCACUCAGAAGAAUCAAAAAUUCUAUUUGGGUCUCAACGAGGAAGAUCCGAAGCGUACCACACAAAACAAGAAUUACAUUGAAAAAGUGAUGUUCCUUGCUGCGGUGGCGAGGCCUCGAUACGAUGAUGAUGGCAACAUGACAUUUGAUGGCAAGAUUGGCAUAUGGCCUUUUACAUUCCUAGAGGAGGCUAAGAGGGAUAGCAAGAACCGCGAUGCAGGAACAAUUGUUACUAAGGUGUUGCCGGCAGUGACAAGGAAAGUUAGCCAAGAUUACAUGGUGAACAAACUUCUUCCUGCCAUUAAGGAGAAGUGGCAUGUUUCGGACCGCGGUUAUCCUAUAAUCAUACAACAGGAUAAUGCCAAAACUCAUAUUCCCGUCAAUGAUCCUAUGUUUUGUGAAGCCGCAAUGGCAGAUGGAUGGAACAUUAGGUUGACGUGCGAACCACCUAAUUCUCCUGAUCUGAACAUAUUGAACCUAGGGUUUUUUGCAGCCCUGCAAGCUUUAUUUCAGAAUUUGUUCCCAGGUUCACUAGAUGACAUUGUUACCAAGGUGCUCCAAGCAUAUGGAGAGUACCCCCCUGAGAGGUGCAACCGCAUCUUCCUCACUUUGCAGUCCUGUAUGCGGGAGAUACUGAAACUUAAUGGCGGCCAACACUACAAGGUUCCACACAUGAGGAAGAUGGCCCUAGCAGGAGCUAGCCUUCUCCCAACUAGGUUACCAUGUGAUCCAGCAAUUGUAAAUGCCGCGAUCGAGUUCCUAAGUGCCACCAUCUAGACAUGGUCAUUGUCUGCUCAUGAAACUAUUUGCACUCUGGACAUAUUUUGGUUCACUUGAUUAGAGAA